CCAGAAUUAUCUCAUCUGUUUUGUUUUCAUUCCCUCAUUCAUCACAUAUGACAUUAUGUGCCAUUCCUACAGCACAGUUAAUGUUAACGAGUGACUGAUUACGGAGUCGGACGCAGCUAAUGUUCAGCAGAAUACAGCAUCCGAAUUACACUGGGAACCCCGACAACAGGAGAUGACAGAAGACACAGAAGAUGUGCAUUGAAAAGAGACAAGAAUGCUACUGAUAAGUCUGAAAUAAGUGUGCCAAAGAGGAGGAUGAGGCUUUGAGCACGGCUGGAUACAUGCAGACCAUCCUGGUUGACCUCUGUUGCUUCACAGAGCUGGACUUUUUUUUUUUUUUGCCUGUCCAUGUGCCAAUAAUGCGUCGUCAUUGGUUGCUGGUUGGUGCUUGUGGCUGGGUGCUACUCAUCCUUAUGUUCGUCAGCAAGUUCAUCAACUUCAGCUUCAGAAUACCAGACUUUGAGGGGAGGACAGACAUGUUUGUUUGGACCAUGCCAUCUGUUACGACGAAACUCCCUUCUGUCCAGUGGCCAGACAAGGGAGCAUCACAGCCAUAUAUAUUGUCCUCAGUUAGUCCCUCUGUGGUGGAGCCCAUAGACUGGCAGUCAGUGAAUGAGAAGCGUUUGGAGCUGUUAACAACUGUUUGCAGAAAUUCAUCUCUUUGGAACCUCACCCACACAACUGUGCGCAAGUUUGUCUUGGACCGCAUUUUUGUGUGUGACAAGCACAAGAUUCUCUUCUGUCAGACACCCAAAGUUGGAAACACACAGUGGAAAAAGGUUCUAAUUGUCCUCAAUGGAAAGUUCUCGAAGGUUGAAGCUAUUCCAGAGAACAUGGUUCAUGACCAUGAAAGAAAUGGCUUACCUCGCCUGUCCUCUAUGACUGACACAGAAAUCCAUCAAAGAUUGAAUACCUAUUUCAAGUUUUUUAUUGUCAGAGACCCAUUUGAGCGCCUCAUAUCUGCGUUCAAGGACAAGUUUGUGAAGAACCCAAGAUUUGAACCCUGGUACAAACAUGAGAUUGCCCCAGCCAUCAUUCGCAAAUAUCGCAAAAGUCACCAUGAUGAUGGUGAAAGUGUGGGUCUUCAGUUUGAAGACUUUGUUCGGUACUUAGGUGACAAGCCAGGAAGACAGCACUUGGACAGGCAGUUUGGUGACCACAUUAUUCACUGGCUGACAUAUGCUGAGCUGUGUGCUCCUUGUGAUAUUUCCUACAAUGUCGUGGGACACCAUGAGACUCUGGAGUUUGAUGCUCCUUAUAUUUUAAAAGCUGCUGGUAUUGCUGACCUGGUGUCAUACCCCAAUAUCCCACCAGGGAUAACUCGCUACAAUCACACCAAGGUGGAACGCUAUUUUACUGGAAUCAGCCAACGAGAUGUUCGUCGCCUCUAUGCUCACUACCAGGGAGAUUUCAGCCUGUUUGAUUACCAGAGACCUGCCUUCUUAUUGGACUGAUGUAGAGAUGUCCUGAUAUUUUUAGCCUAUUUUUUAUGGAUCUCUUGGACCUUUUAGCUUACUGAUAAAAAUGUGGUUGCCUCAAAAAUAGAACUCAAUUGCCUGCCCUACAUUAUGGAGUACAUAUUGUUCUUUUGCACUUAUCUGAGACAUAAUUGAUUACUUUACACAUACAAAUAUAUAUGUAUUUGCAUGAUGUUUGGAUUUGGCUUGGUCAGGGAUCUGCACUAGAGGGUAACUUCAACCUUAAAUUACUAGGAUCCAACAGUGCAACAGUAAAGUUUAUCGUUCUGUUUUGUCUUUAGUUUAUGCUUUUACUACUUUUCACUGGUUUUAGAGUCUAAACUUGAUGGUAAUUUCUGUAUUUGCCAUAAAUUAAGUGCCAUAAUAUUAAUCAGAAGUUUUAUGGAUUUCAUUAACUGAUUUUCAGACAAAGUAUGUACUAUUCUAUUAUAUUAUAAAAUAGUAUUUAAAAAAAGUUAAGUUAAAAUGUUGACAAUAUUUUUGGACACAUUGUGUUUUUCUUUUUUAAUACCAGUUUACCUUUGGACUCAUUUACCAAAAUA